AUGGACGACAUUGGAGGCUUAGAAAUCAGGUGGGCUCAGGGCUUCACAGACAAGGCUGUGGACUUUGUGGACAAUGAAACAGUGUGUUACCGGUGUGGCAGUCACAUCUGUUUCCUGAACCUGCACACCAAAAUACUCAAAGUGUUUCCGAGUCCUGGCAGAGGGGUCAGUGCUCUGACAGCCAGUGGCAACAGUGGAGUUUUUGCUUUCUCCGAACAAAGACUGAGCCCAUCCAUAUUUGUGUGCAGUUUCCCUGAGCUUCAGGUAAAGAACGAGCUCAAAGGAACAGCCCAACUGGACUACACAUCUCUGACACUGAGUGAUGGCGGUCCUUAUUUGGGGUGUUGCUCCUCUCUUCCUGAUUACAGCAUUACAGUGUGGAACUGGGAAACUGCUGAGCCAAUUUGUACACACCCACAAGCAGGGCGGGAUGUCGUGUCUUUGGUGUUCAACCCUCUGAAUUGGCUCCAGCUUUGUACGUUGGGCACAACAUCCAUCACUGUCUGGAAUAUCGAGAAGAGUGCCAAUGUUCAUGUCCUGAAAAAGAGUAUGAUCCAGCUUCCAGCAGCUGAUGGUUCCUUUGCUGAAAGUCCGACAUCUGUCUCUCAGAUCGUCAGUAAAAACCUGCCCCAUUUUGCUUCAGAGACACCUUCAUCAACAAACUCAGGACUGAAGGGAGAACAGGCAGAGAGCAUGAUGAUGGACCUCAGCAACAGAGUCCGCUUGACUCCCUCUGCCAUCUGCUGGACAGCCACAUCCAAACUUUAUGUGGGCUGCACAGAGGGUUUUCUGCUCCUCGCAGAUCCUGACAGCCUCUCUGUCUCCAUCCUCUUCAACUCCACAACUGCUGAUGCCAACCCUGAACUCAGCAAGAGCAACUUUCAAAGUUUGACUCUGAACAAGAAUGGCCUGAUUGCUGUUGGAGAGGAUGGUGUUAUGCACUGUUUGCAAAUCAAAGGGACUCAGAUCGACAUCUCACAAACGUGGCAGUUAGAAAGACCAGUCGCCACUGUGAAGUUCUCUCCUGAUGGGGAAACAUUACUUUUAUCCACCAGCACUGGGCAGAUUUACACCGUGAACCCAACCCAGUCAGACGAGGUUGUGAAGGUCCUGGAUGUUCUGAGCGGCAGCUUUGUGGCGGCAGCUCUGUUGCACAAUAACAGGGACAUUUGUGUGUCACUCAGACAGUCUGGAGACCUGCAGCUGUGGUCUCCUGAUGGUGUCUGCCUUGGUUCCCUGUCUCUUCAAGUUCAGGUGACAAGCAUGGCCUGCUGUCCAAUUGCACAUUACAUAGCUGUUGGGACAGCUUCAGGUAACAUACUCUUCAUCGAUCUAAAUGAGGACCAGCAGCCUCGUGUGGUAUAUCAAAUUUACCUCAACCACACAGCUGUGGAUCACCUAGUUUUUGACCAAGAGGGACAUUUCCUUCUCGCAAGUGGCUCAGAUUCUCACAUGUACGUGCUGGAUGCAAGGCCAUCAAAGAGGUUUGAAGUCGUAGGAUACACGGUUGCUCCAGGAUCCAUUGUGUCUCUUUCCACUCAGUGCAUUCGCGACAGUGAGAAGGUGAAAGUGCUGUUAUUAUGCGCUGGGCAGGGCAACCUGAAUCACGAUGGCGAACUGCUCCUAUUGCUUUCUCUGCCUGCCACAAACCUGAAAGAAACUGUAGACAGACAUGGCGGCCUUUCUUCUGAAGUUCUCAAGGCAACCAGAUAUAAAGUCCCCCAUCCACUGAAGUCCUGUGUUCUGGGGGCUGGUGAGGUUUUUGCGUACUGCCAGGAGAAAAAAGCCCUACAGAGAUUUCAGCUUCCUCAGGAUACAGACGCCUCCAGCCAGCAGGCGCUCCAGCUGGAUCCACAACAGGAAGAGAGGGCUCACCCGCUGGGCCCUGCCUCUCUCCUGCUGUCCCCCCACGGCUUGUGGCUGGCUUCGGUGGGCCGAGAUGGCCUACUACGACUUAGAGAGACCGCUUCCUUGGAGCGGUACGUUGAGCUGCAGUGCCACUCGUGUCGCCUCGGCGGAGUUGGGAGUGUUUCCUUCUCCCCGGACAGCCUCACACUGCUCACCACCGGCUUCGCGGAUGGCUCCCUCGUCUGCUCUAACCUCAGAGCUCAGGGCGUCGACGCAGACAAAGUCGGUGAAGCCACUCAGUAUAGCCGGCGUAUGGCUGAAAACUUGAAGGACAUCUUUAAUACUGAAAACCCCGUUCUUGCUGGCUUUCCUGUGUGGGGGUUUGCUGCAGGGAUUAAAAAACAAAAGGAGAUUGAGGUGAGUGGAAGAACAUCUGCGGACAUGGCAGAGCAAGACGAGAGCGCCAGCCGUCUGUGUGCUGCACAUUGUCACCCCACCUGGUUGGAAAGCCGGCGAGAGGCAGUCAUAAAAGAAGACAAUGAGAAAUAUUUUGAGACAAAAAGAAACCUGAGAGAAACCAUCAAGGAGUUACGUGAUGCUAUUCAGCAAAUGGCUCAUGAAAAUGAAGACCUCCCAGAGCAGCACUUUAACCUGAAUGCGGAGGAACAGAGUAAAUAUGAGGCCAUGGUGGAGCAGGAAGUCACUCGGGUGAGAGCUGAAAUCAAACAGGACAUUUUAGAGAAAUGUUACCUGUAUGAUGUCCUGAAGAGAGAAUGCUGGGAUUCUGUGAAGGUCAAAGGCAGAGUCAUUAAGGCCUUUCACUCUGAUCUCAAGGUGCAAAACUACCCUCUGAGAGAGCGGACUCAGAAAGAGCUGGAGGAGCUCCGCAGGGUCGAGAAUAUCGGGAAGCUUGAAAUGGCUGCUGCCACCCUCAGCGACAUGAAGCCUGAAGAGCAGAGGGAGGAGCAGCAUGGAGCAGCAGAGAGUGUUUCUCUGGCAGGGAGCUUCUCUGCUCAGUUAGGACAUUCAAAUCCUUUCAUCUAUGAUCAGUUCUGCCUUAUAACUACAGAGCAGAGGAUCAACCAGAUCAUUCUCCUGCAGGAUGUGAUUUAUUGCAUCAAGACAGCUUUCAACAGUGAGUUCGAGGCCCUGCACAGGCAGAAAGUGCAGGAGCUGAAACGUUUGAGCGACAGGAACCGACGCGUCAGGGAGCUCAUGCUGCAGCUGGACAUCGACGAGGAGCUCUGGGAGCCCGGCAUGGCCGACAGCGAGUGUCCAGAGAGGCUGCUCACCGUUGAGGACUCUGAGAUAAAAGCAGAAAAGUAUCUCACCCCUGAACAGAAGGAGGAGGAGGAGAGGAGGAAGCUGGAGGAAUUGACUCAUUUGGCUGCUCAAGAAGAUGCCAGUAGAGGAAGGGCUCUUGAUGACAUGAUGGAGGGGGUACUUCAAGUCAAGAAAGAGGACAUCUUGAAGAAGGAAAUACCUCCGCCUGAGUGUGUUUUGCCCAAAACUGAGGAGGAGAAAAAAGCCUACAAGGAGUAUGAAAAAAAAGUCAAAGAACUCAGUGAAGAGAAGGAGACUUACAGAAGGUCCUUAGAAACUGAAGUGAAAAAACUGCAGAACUGCACCAUGGAUGCAACCCAUAAAAUUGAUGAAACUUUGACAAAAUUGUUGGAGAAGAAAGAGAAAUAUGUCGUAGCAAUUUACCAGGAAGAGCUCAAGAUUACUUAUCUUGUCGAGUCAGUCCUCAUGGAAGAAGAGAUGAAUGAUCGCGAGCUGGAGAUCAAGCUCAAACUUGAAAAAAUGGAAUUGUACAAGGAUGAAAUCGUCGAGGAAGUGAAGAGACAAGAGGAAGAAGUUAAAGUCUUUCACGAGGCCUACGACUGCAUCGUGGCUGAAGACAAAAUUCUUGACAAAGACUUCAGGAAGGACUUCUUUGAUGUCCCAAACUCCGUGGUUGAUGCCCUCUAUAAGCUGUUCAAACGUCGCCCCCGGGUUCAAAAGAUGAGGGCCCAGGUUGACAUCAACCCCAGCCUGCUAAAGGAGCAUCGUCUGUGUGCCUCUCUGCCUCCUGAUGCACUCGGCAAAAUGCUCAAAGCCAUGGAGGACCUGGACUCCCCGGAGAAUAUGCCCGGGGGCUUGAAUCCUUCGAUCUGGGAGAGGUUUUGUGCCAUCCGAAGAACAAAAGUAGAGAGUGAGCAUCAGGUCAAACUGAAAGCUCUGACUCUGGCUGAGAUGCAGGCGUUUCUGCAGAGGAGGCGAGACGAGGAAAAGGCUGCCGAGCAGGAAAUCAAAAACCUCAGUGAAGCACUUGAAAGUGUUCAUCGGGAGAAGAACCGACUCCUGACAGACACCAUGGUCCAGGUGAUACUGAAGCAGGGCCAGGUGGAGCUGUCAGCCACAGACCUGACUGUCGACUACACCGACCUCAUCCUUUACCACAGGAGCGUGGUGGAUCACCUCCGGAAACAGAUCAGGAUGCUUGGAGAGGAGAAAAUAGCCACCAUGGUGAAGCGCAAAGACGUCCGUAAGGGCACGAUCCAGCUGGAGUGGGAGCACAAGGUGCUGAGGAAGAAGAUAGAGGACCUCCAUGACAAGGCCAGGAACAUCAAGAUGUUACGGCUCUCAGAGGAGCAACGACAUAUGACCCAUCUCAGCAAAAAGGAUCAAAACAGUGAAAUGUCCAAGCAAGUUUCCACACUGGAGAAACAUUUAGCUUUGAUGAAAAAGACUCAUUUAAAGAGUGUGCAGCAGCUCGUCAGAAACAUCGAGCGGAUCAACAGGUCGACAGCGAAGAAAGCUGAGGAAAACGCUCUUUUAGAGCAGCAGCUUCUGGACAUGCAGCUCAAACUGGCACAACUCAGACACAGCUGCAAGCCUACAGCUUUUGAGGACAACGAGGAGGCGAGAGCAGAAGAGCGCAUGCAGGAAAUCGCCAAGAUGAGCAAACUAAAGGAAGUGGCCAGAGCACAGGAGCAGACGCUGGCUCUCCUCAGAGCAGAAGUCGAACGUCUGACCAGGAGGAACUUUCCCUCUCUGGAUCAGCUGAAACACAACUGAGCAAAAAGCUUUGUUUUGCAACACUUUAUUUACGCUUCUGUACAAAAACAUGAAACAUGAAAUAUAUAACU